AUGUCUAAAUCUCCAGUUAUUCUUCAUUUAAGAGCAGAAACUAAACCAUUAGAAGCUAGAGCAGCUUUAACUCCUUCCACCACUAAACAAUUACUCGAUGCUGGAUUUGAAAUUUAUGUUGAAGAAUCUUCACAAUCUACUUUUGAUAUUAAAGAAUAUGAAGCUGUUGGUGCUAAAAUAGUACCUGAAGGUUCAUGGAAAACUGCCCCUAAAGAAAGAAUUAUAUUUGGAUUGAAAGAAUUACCUGAAAAUGAAACUUUCCCAUUAAUUCACGAACAUAUUCAGUUUGCUCAUUGUUAUAAAGAUCAAGCUGGUUGGCAAGAUGUUUUAAAAAGAUUCCCUCAAGGUAAUGGAACAUUAUAUGAUUUAGAAUUUUUAGAAAAUGAUCAAGGUAGAAGAGUUGCUGCAUUUGGAUUUUAUGCUGGAUUUGCUGGUGCUGCCAUUGGAGUAUUAGAUUGGAGUUUUAAACAAUUGGGUAAUAUUGAAGGGGAAUUACCAGGUGUGACUCCUUAUCCUAAUGAAGAUGAAUUAAUUAAAGAUGUUAAAAUUGAAUUAGAAAAAGCCUUAACUAAAAAUGGUGGUAAAUAUCCUAAAUGUCUUGUUAUUGGUGCCUUGGGUAGAUGUGGAUCUGGUGCCAUUGAUUUAUUUAAAAAAAUAGGUAUCCCUGAAGAUAAUAUUGCUAAAUGGGAUAUGGCAGAAACUGCUAAAGGUGGUCCAUUCCAAGAAAUUGUUGAUCUGGAUAUUUUCAUCAAUUGUAUUUACUUAUCUAAACCAAUACCACCAUUUAUUAAUAAAGAAAUUUUAAAUAAUGAUAAUAGAAAAUUGACUACUAUUGUUGAUGUUUCUGCUGAUACUACUAAUCCUCAUAAUCCAAUCCCAGUCUAUGAAAUUGCUACAGUUUUUAAUAAACCAACAGUGGAUGUUAAACUUGAUAAAGGACCUAAAUUAUCUGUUUGUUCAAUUGAUCAUUUACCUUCAUUAUUACCUAGAGAAGCUUCAGAAUUUUUCGCUAAAGAUUUAAUGCCAUCAUUAUUAGAAUUACCUAAUAGAGAUACUUCUCCAGUAUGGGUUAGAGCUAAACAAUUAUUUGAUAAACAUGUUGCCAGACUUGAUAAAGAAUAA